AAGACGUGAGGAGAAAUGUUGGACCAGUGACAAAUUCUGGUUUAGGAACAACCAAGAAGGAACUAUAAGCAUCUUUCUCACCACAGUUUGCUGAAGCUUCAUCUGAACUUUCAAACCACUUUUGAGGAUUAUACCAUUCGCACGGAAUUCAACAAGUCAUUCCGUUAAUUCUUUCGAGUGUUGGAGUUUUUGGACACGUUUGGGGAUUGUUUUUGACAUGAAACGGGACAUCGUUCACUCUCAUUAUCUCCAGUAGCCUACUUAAAGUCUCCUCCAAUGCAUCAGACGGCUAAAAGAAACUAAGGUGAACUUGGUCCGUGCCGAGUUGCUCAAAAACUUUCCAAAACCUAUUUAUUUAUUAUUUAUUCGUCAUGGGACGCAUCUUACUGUUGCUUUUCGCCAUCCUGUACACGCUGCUCUGUCAGGCGUCCUGUUCAGGCGUCUUUGAGCUCAAGUUGCAAGAGUUUUUGAACAAGAAGGGUGUGCAGGGCAACAAGAACUGCUGUAGGGCUGGCCUGACCUCCCUUUACCAGCAGUGCGAGUGCAAGACUUUUUUCCGCAUCUGUUUAAAACAUUAUCAACCCAACGCAUCACCGGAGCCGCCAUGCACUUACGGAGGCACCGUUACCCCCGUGUUGGGAUCAAACUCUUUCCAAGUGCCAGAUACCUUACCGGACGGUUCUUUUACCAACCCCAUCAGGAUGAAUUUCGGUUUCACGUGGCCGGGAACCUUUUCAUUGAUUAUUGAAGCGCUUCAUGCUGAUUCCAAAGAGGACCUUACAACAGAAAACCCAGAGCGCAUCAUCAGUACCAUGACCACGCAGCGUCAUUUGACUGUGGGUGAAGAUUGGUCUCAGGAUCUGCACAGCGUGGGCCGAACCGAGCUCAAGUUCUCUUACCGCUUCGUGUGCGACGAGCACUACUAUGGCGAAGGAUGCUCUGUGUUCUGCCGGCCCAGAGACGACGCGUUCGGCCAUUUCACCUGCGGCGAACGCGGAGAAAUCAUCUGCGACGCCGGAUGGAAGGGCCAAUACUGCACAGAACCAAUUUGCCUCCCAGGAUGCGAUGAGGAACACGGCUUCUGCGAGAAACCUGGAGAGUGCAAGUGUAGAGUCGGAUUCAAAGGGCGCUACUGUGACGAGUGCAUUCGGUACCCGGGAUGCCUUCAUGGGACCUGCCAGCAGCCGUGGCAAUGCAACUGUCAGGAAGGCUGGGGCGGCCUCUUCUGCAAUCAAGAUCUAAACUACUGUACACAUCAUAAGCCCUGUCUGAAUGGAGCCACUUGUAGUAACACUGGUCAGGGAAGCUACACCUGUUCCUGUCGGCCGGGCUACACGGGAGCCAGCUGCGAGAUCGAGGUCAACGCAUGUGCGGGAAAUCCCUGCCGCAACGGAGGAAGCUGCACUGACAUGGAGAACACUUACAGCUGUACCUGUCCACCUGGUUUCUAUGGCAAGAACUGUGAGCUCAGUGCCAUGACGUGCGCAGACGGACCGUGCUUUAAUGGCGGACGCUGUGCCGACAACCCAGAUGGUGGAUACUUCUGCCAGUGUCAGACGGGAUACGCAGGGUUUAACUGCGAGAAGAAGAUCGACCAUUGCACUUCUGCUCCAUGCUCGAAUGGUGCUCGUUGUGUCGACCUGGUGAAUUCCUACUUGUGUCAGUGUCCAGAAGGGUACACGGGUAUGAACUGCGAUCAAGUUGGGGACGAGUGUUCCCUCUCCCCCUGCCAAAAUGGUGGCACAUGUCAGGAAGGGGCCAACGGUUACAUCUGUACAUGCCCACCUGGCUACACCGGACAGAAUUGCAGCUCACCUUUAGGUCGCUGCCAACACAACCCCUGCCAUAACGGCGCCACCUGCCACGAACGCAACAACCGCUACGUAUGUGCCUGUGUACCAGGAUAUGGAGGACGCAACUGCCAGUUCUUGCUUCCAGACAGAGCUUCCCAGAUAGCCGGCGACGUUCCCUGGACUGCCGUGGGUUCGGGAGUUUUGCUGGUGGUGUUGUUGGUAGUCGCCUGUGCCGUGUUGGUGGUUUGCGUUCGUUCAAAAGUUCAGCAGCGUCGUCGGGAACGAGAGGAGGAAGUCGCUAACGGGGAAAACGAAACGAUCAAUAAUCUUACGAACAACCGCGACAAAGAUCUUUCUAUAAGCGUUGUGGGGCCCGCACCACUCAAGAACAUUAACAAGAAGAUUGACUUUCACAGCGACCACGACGACCUGAGUCUGACCACAGAGAAGCGGAGCUAUAAAACACGACAUGGACCUGCAGACUACAAUUUGGUACAGGAAGUAAAGUAUGAAGUGAAGCACGAAGUAAAAUUGGAGCAUGUCGGGAAAGAGAUGGCAGCGAAGGACUUGUCCGAUAGCUGUGAGGAUGUAAAGUGCCAAUCUCUGCAAGAGUCCUGUGAGUUCGAGGAGAAACGCAGGAAACGUCUGAAAAGCGAUGCGUCAGAAAAGUCAAAGUAUUCAGAGUCCAGAUAUUCUGAAUCAAAGUAUUCUGAAUCAAAAUAUUCAGAGUCAAAGUUUUCGGAAUCAAAGUAUUCAGAUUCACUGUAUUCCGAGUCAUCAGCAUGUGCAUCGGCAUGUGCAUCGACAUCCACGUCGGCUAUUGUCGACACCAAAUACAAAUCCGUCAUGGUGAUGUCGGAGGAGAAAGAUGAAUGUGUAAUUGCAACCGAGGUGUAAUGAGCCUGCAGGAGGCCGAUGCUCAUUGUUUCUUUCGGGAGACAUUUUGAACUCCCUAAGAAAAUGCUGCUGCUCGAACCCUUAGGUGGAAACGUCCCACCUUGUGACUACUGCUGCUGAGAAACUAGGACUGAUUGACUGAUAUUCAGGAUGAGCUGGUUCUCUGUACUGAAAGAGGCACAGGCAGUCGUGGCCUGUAGGCUUGGAAACUUGUGGAAAUGCUAAAGAUGGCAGAAGUGUCAUUAAAAUUUCAAAUGUAGUUGUAAAAUUUACCUGUAAAGCCAUUUUUGGACAAAGGUGUUGGACAAUGUGUGUCCAUUUUCAUGUUUUUAUUCUUGUUUACGUGGGUUCAUCACACGAAAAUGGCAUUUGGAAAAAUGUAACAGAAAGAAUACGAGAAUAAUAUAGCAGUGUUUUGCCAUGUGAUGUCCAGCAUCAUGGCAACGUUUUAGCAAUAUUUUGGCAACAUUUGCUGUUUAUUCGCCAAUACUUCCGUGGCCCCACAGGCUUUUUACUGUGCCCAGAAACUGCACCAAACAUUAAUGAUGUUGAAGUAGUUUUAAAGAAAUGUAUCGCAAAAUGUUUUGCCAUCGACUGUAUUAUUUAUACCGUGGCAAAGUUGCGACAACAUUUUCGCAAUAUUUUGGCAACAUUUGCUGGCCCCGCCACAAGUCAGUGUACAAGGGACUACAUCAGAACGGUGGAUUUUCAGCCAUACUGGCCUAUCUACACUGGAUUGAAUGUCGCAUGAUGUCAUAUCCUGUCACAUGACCAGUGAAAACUAUAUGUAUUACCUAAUCACUGUGUAAACGGUAAAAAACUAAGUGCUCAAAAAAUCUCAAAGUCUUCCAAGCCUCCGCUUUUUUGCAUUAUGUUUUAGAAUAUGUAUGUAAUUUGUUUUUUGACGUAAAAAGUAUGUUUGUGUUGACGAUAAAUAAUAUCCUCGUUUGUAUGUUUUUCCCUUUUUUAUAACAAGAGCUGUAUGAUUUAAGUUAAUUUAUUUUUAUUUAAGUUUUAUGUAUUUCUAAAUAUUUGUAAUGUUUUUAAGAUUAUUUAAGUUUUAUGGUUUUUCCUAAGUUCUUCCUGUUACUUGCAAAGGCACUUCGGGUUGCUGGGAUGUUUUGAGAAAAUGUUAUUUAAAGAAGGAUUGUAAAAAAUGUUAUUAAUGCUAACAGGUUUCCGUUUGAUUUUUUUCUCCGAAUGAAGUUUUAGCUUAAAUUAUUUUUCCAA